CUUUCCAACGAGAGAACUACGCAAUCAAUGCUAACGUCUUCGCGACUUUAAGUUUGUUUUUCGAAGAUUAAAAAAAGUUUAAAGAUUUUACAAAAUUCUUGAAUUAAACAUUUUAAGUCAAUUACUCCAGUUGCGUAGAAUGAUUUCGGAUACUAUUUUAUUUAGUUUUACACUCAUCGAUACUGGAGCUGUUCUAUUUCUUCUGAUUUAUUUUGUGUUAAUUCUUUCGGAUCUUGAAUGUGACUAUAUCAACGCACAACAAUGUUGUUCGAGGCUUAAUUUCUGGACAAUUCCAAAGAUUUCAGCUCAUGUUGUGGUCACUCUUCUACUUCUCAUAACUGGCCAUUAUUGGCUGUUGCUAGUGAAUCUUCCAUUUGUUGGAUAUUUAAUUUAUGAGUACUGGACAGUUCCUAGAGGCAACAUGGGAAUCUUUGACCCUGCCGAGAUACAUAAUCGAGGACAAAUCAAGAAGCACAUGAGCUCGUGCAUGAUCUUCUUAGGCUUUUAUUUAAUAAUCUUCUUUAUUUAUCUUUACAAUAUGAUUCGAGCUUUACUUCGAGAUGAUCCAAUCAAAAGAAUCGAUGACGAUGAAAUAAUCACAGAUAGUUUAGAUCUCUAGUCGUUUGGGUAGAAAGUUUCAAGUGUCAGGAUCUGAUUUGUCACUUGGAUAACUUCACAAUAACAAAUCGAAGAAGAUUUUUGACGUCAUCUUCUUUCGAUUUAUUAACCAAAUCAAGAAUCUUUGAGAAUUCUUGUAAAAUGAAAUAAUCAAGCGUGAAUUCACAACUUAAGACUCUUAAUCCCAAAAAUAAUCAUGUAAAGUAAUUCUAAUUUAAUCUCGAUGAUUAUUUAAUUUAACAUUAAGAUAAUUAAUUUAAUAUUGUUGUUCAAUAAAUGUGAAAAUAAAAUAAAACUUUUGAGUUUUUGAUUCGAUGAAAUUUUUCC